GGGGAGGCGCCGCCCCGCCCCGCCCGCUUCCUUUGUGCUCGGGCGGUAACGGCUGCCGCAGUCGCCGCCGCUCGCAGCCCGCUCGCUCCUUCUCUCCCCCUCCUUCCCGCUUCCCCUCCCCCUCGCCCCGCUGCCGUCCCUCUCGCCGCUUUCCCUCGCCCUGCCCGCCAUGUCGCUGGGCGCCGGCCCCGAGGCGGGCUUCUCCAGCGAGGAGCUGCUGACCCUCCGCUUCCCCCUGCACCGCGCCUGCCGCGACGGCGACCUGCCCGCCCUGUGCGCGCUGCUCCAGAGCGCGCCUCGCUCCGACCUGGCCGCCGAGGACUCCUUUUACGGCUGGACGCCCAUCCACUGGGCCGCGCACUUCGGCAAGCUGGAGUGCCUAAUGCAGUUAGUCAGAGCCGGAGCCUCUGUAAAUGCCAGUACAACACGAUUUGCUCAAACACCAGCCCACAUUGCUGCUUUUGGAGGACAUCCACAAUGCCUGAAUUGGUUGAUCCAAGUGGGGGCCAACAUAAACAAACAGGAUUAUGUUGGUGAAACUCCUAUUCAUAAAGCAGCACGGUCUGGUAGUGUGGAUUCCAUAAGUGCCCUUGUGGCUCACGGUGCGCAAAUAGACUUGAGAAAUGCCAGUGGCCUGACAGCAGCAGACCUUGCACAUACCCAGGGCUUCCAAGAAUGUGCCCAGUUUCUCUUGAACCUCCAGAACUGUCAUCUGAAUCGUUACUAUAGCAAUGGCACCUUAAAUGGGGGUCAUCAGAAUGCAGGUCCCAAUCCAUUCAAUGGUGGGACAAGUCGAAAGAGAUCCUUUGAAGAUGUGGAGUCUGCUGGAGUAAAGAAAGCUAGAACGGAAGCUUACAGCUUUGAUGGCUUAAUACCAAUGAUGAAUGGAGGAGUUGAGGACGAUGCUGACAAUAUGCACGUUGACAGAGAGUUUGCUGUUGUAUCAGGUGUAUUUCUUAAUGCAGAUAUGAAUAGCAGUAGCUCCAUAUUGAAUGCACUGACAAAUGGAUGUGCCAUCAAUGGACAUUUGGAUUUCACCGCCGCACAACAGCUCAGUGGGAUGGAUACCAGGCAAGAAGAAUGUUUAACAUUAACAUCUACUGGAAUAAUUCCUGGAGUAACUUCUCCCGGUAGGCAUCGAAUUCAUACCAGUAAUGGCACCGAGGAGCCAGAAAAGGCCAUGAAUAAUCCCACUGAUAUGUGUGGAUCUCUCCAUCUGAAUGGAAGCCCGAGUAGCUGCGUUUCUAACCGCCCCUCGUGGGUGGAAGACCCUGGAGAUACUUUGCACUAUGGACACUACCACGGUUUUGGGGAUACUGCUGAAAGCAUCCCUGAACUUAGUAGUGUCGUUGAGCAUUCCAAUUCUGUUAAAGUUGAACAGAGGUAUGACAAUACUGUCUUAGGCACAAUGUAUUUGUACCACGGCUCCUAGAUUCAACGACCUUCAUAUCACAUGCAUAUUGAAAUUGCUACCAAAUGAAUCUGGGGGCACAAAAUCUUCACAUAGCAUUACAUUUGAAAAUUGCAACUUACUGCUAUUUUUACACUUUGUUUAUAUAAAAAGUAAACCUUUCAUUUGACAGCCUUAUACGAUAGUUUUAGUUUGUUGCAUGUAUGGGGCUUGUUUAGUGAUAAAGUAGGUGCUGUUAUGAUGGAAUGGUUAUUUUCAUUUUUAUGGAAUGUUCCGGUUUUGUAUUUUUUUAUUUCUAAGCUUGUGAACACUAUCUUUCUCUUUUUAGAGCUGUUUUCCCUUUUAUUAAAACUAUGUUUAAAUGAAUUUUGUGAAGAAAAUGUUACAUAUGUGCAUCACUUAGAAGUAAAGAUUUUCCUUUUCCAUAUCUUCUGCCGAAGCUAUGGUAGUAAUAUCAAUGCCAACUAUCACUAUGCAAGGUUGGAAAGUGGCAAUCUUAUGGAGCUUCUCUGACUUUAUAGUUUGUACAUUUGUUCAGUAUAAUUAGAUGUUCAUCUUCACAUUUUUGAGCAAGUCGUUUAAAAAUGCAGAGGCAAAAUUUGGAAAAGUUAAUGUUUCACUUUACUAUAGCAUAGAAGUGCUUUCUGUUGUUGGGCUCUUUGCAUUAUAGAGUGGGAAGGUGGGUUGCCUUUGUGCAGUCGCAGUCAGGUGUUCCUCAGGUUAGUUCUGAAUAUGUGGCAUUUUCCUUUUGCUUCUCUUCUUUAUAUGUAUGCUUGAUAUUUUACCAUAGCUCACAGACCGGAGGCAUGUUGGCACUGUUCUGCUUUGUAUGCAGUUUAAAAUUACUGUUACUUGUUAUAGAGUUUGGCAAGUCAAAAUAUUUGAGUUUGACCGUCUUGGAUAUACAUUUAUUGUCCUUUUUUUAACAUAUGCUUUGAAAAUGUAAUGUUGUGUAUUCUGGGCUAUGCUCAUAGAUAUACGUUGUAUUUAAAGCUUAAUACAUAAAUCAAAACUCAUAUAAGUGCACUAUAUAAGCACUAAUAAUAUAAGUUGCUGCUUUGUGAUAUGAUAAAUGAAGAGUGGGAAGAAUAUGGUAAAUGAGAUAAGCCCUCUGAAUUGUGUUGAUUAUUUUUUCUGUUGUUUUGUUUAAAAAGGGACCUUUACCAUUUGGAUUCAAAAAAUAAACAUAUUACAUUGUAUCUGAAUGUUUUGU